CAUUGUGAGCAGGUGCAUCACCGCUCAGCCCCCAGAAGCUUCCCAUUGCCUCAUCCCCCUCAGGGUCCAGUCUUGUGGACUAGGUGCCAUAGUCCCCCCCACCCCCAGCCCCGCUGUACCUGUCUGACGCCAGCUCUCUCCUCCCAGAGCCUGGACAUCCUGAGCACUGCCGGCUAUGAUAGCAUCCUGCAGCAUCUCAACAGCGGCCGCAAGAACUGCAAGGAGUUCGAAGACUUUUUAAAAGAAAGGGCUUCAAUUGAAGAGAAGUAUGGCAAAGACCUGCUCAGCCUCUCGAGGAAGAAGCCGUGUGGGCAUUCGGAGAUCAACACACUGAAGCGGGCACUGGAAGUCUUCAAGCAACAGCUAGACAAUGUGGCUCAGUGUCAUAUCCACCUUGCACACACGUUGAGGGAAGAGGCCAGGAAGAUGGAAGAGUUCAGGGAAAAGCAGAAGCUACAACGGAAAAAGACAGAGGUCAUAAUGGAUACUGUCCACAAACAAAAGAGCUUACAGUUCAAGAAGACCAUGGAUGCAAAGAAGAACUAUGAGCAGAAGUGCCGCGAGAAAGACGACGCCGAGCAGGCUGUCCACCGGAACGCCAACGUGGCAAACCCAAAGCAGCAGGAGAAGCUUUUUGUUAAACUGGCAACUUCCAAGACGGCAGUAGAAGACUCUGACAAGGCGUACAUGCAGCAAAUCGCCAUUCUGGACAAGGUCCGAGAAGAGUGGCAGAGCGAGCACAUCAAGGCCUGUGAGGUGUUUGAGGUUCAAGAAUGUGAACGAAUAAACUUCUUCCGGAAUGCGCUAUGGCUGCACUUGAAUCAGCUGUCACAGCAGUGUGUCACACAUGAUGAUAUGUACGAACAGGUUCGUAAGAGUCUAGAGAUGUGUAGCAUUGAGAAGGACAUCGAGUACUUUGUGAAUCAUCGCAAAACAGGACACACACCCCCAGCGCCCAUCAUGUAUGAGAAUUUCUACUGUCCACAGAAGAAUGUGACCCCACCAGGAAAGGGAAAUGCUCCAAACUUGGCCAGGAGAGGACCUCUUCCAGUUCCUAGAAGUUUGCCAGAUGAGCCUGAUUAUUCUCUGGUUGAUAACUACAGUUUGAUCUACCAGUGACAUCCAUG